AGGCGCAUAGUUUUUAGGAGACACUCUGCUGCUUCCUGCCCCUCCGCCCUGCCCUGCUCGCUCGCUCGCUCGCUCGCUUGCUCUGGCUGAGAGAGAAUCCCAGUCUCGGCAUGGACUUCUGGAAUGACAGCAGUUCACGUGGUCGUUAGCUCCUCCGGCUGGGACUGAAGGGGAGCCGCAGUGGAGAUCGGUGGCUCAGGAGCGCCGGGUGACGCUCAGGUCCUGGACUCAGUGAAACCAGAUCCCUGACAGGAAGUGCCUUGUGAGACAAAACCGCCCCUCGUACUUGAAGUGGUUCUCCACAUUUAGCGAGAGGAUUCGGCUCACCUCCACGCCAGCUCUGCCCCGCCCUCACCUGAAGGAACUCAGAGCCGCUUCACGGCUGAACCCACAGAGCGGAAAAACAUUUCAAAGUGACCGACUUUGCAAGUCUGUACCGUCGAACCAGGACCCAGUUCGCCCCCCUGAUAUCCACCGCCAAGAAGACCCCAUCCGUCACAAAGGCGACGUUUUGAGGACACCGGGGCAGCCAGCACCCGCUGCGUCCAGGCAUGCCCCCUCUGCCGCUUCAGAGGCCCGCACCUGAGACGUUCUGAUUGAUGAACCGCUUUGACUGACGCUCCACCAUAGCUCCGUUCCAUGCAUGAGACUUUGCCGGUCCAUUACCCCAACUUUACCGUCUGCAAGGACCAACCGCACAUCCCAGAUUAUUUAUAGCCGCACGUUGCUUCCUUUGUCCUUUAAUUUAUUUAUUUUUACUUUUAGCCUUUAACUGGAGCACAGCUCAAGUUCUCCUCAGAGGAUCUUCCCUCCUCAGCUCCGCAGCCGUCGCUCCUCGACAUGGCCCUGAACAUAGCCUCCAUACGGGACACUAAAUGGCUGACCCUGGAGGUGUGCCGUCAGUUUCAGAGGGGGACCUGUUCACGCAGCGACGAAGAAUGCAAAUUCGCCCACCCGCCCAAGAGCUGCCAGGUGGAGAACGGAAGGGUCAUCGCCUGCUUUGACUCUCUAAAGGGCCGCUGCACGCGAGAAAACUGCAAGUACCUGCAUCCGCCGGCCCACCUGAAGACCCAGCUGGAGAUCAACGGGCGAAACAACCUGAUCCAGCAGAAGACGGCAGCGGCCAUGUUGGCUCAGCAGAUGCAGUUUAUGAUCCCCGGCACCACCAUGCAGCAUGUGCAGACUUUUCCGGUCAGCCAAGGUCUGGGCUCCAGCGCAGGUCUGAGCUACACUCCGUACCUGACUCCCAUGUCCCACAGCAUGGGCCUGGUGCCCACAGACAUCCUGCCCAGCACUCCCGUCAUCGUCCCUGGCAGCCCGCCCGUCUCCGUGACCGCUGGCUCUUCCUCCAACCAGAAACUGCUGCGCACUGACAAGCUGGAGGUUUGUCGCGAGUUCCAGCGGGGCAACUGUGCGCGCGGCGAGACGGACUGCCGCUUCGCCCACCCCAGCGACAGCCCCAUGAUCGACACCAGCGACAACACAGUCACGGUGUGCAUGGACUACAUCAAGAGCCGCUGCUCCCGCGAGAAGUGCAAGUACUUCCACCCUCCGGCCCACCUGCAGGCCAAGAUCAAGGCGACCCAACACCAGGCCAACCAGACAGCUGUGGCGGCCCAAGCUGCCGCCACAGCUGCAGCCAUGACUCAGUCGACUGCCAAAGCAAUGAAGCGACCCCUCGAGGCAACUGUAGACCUGGCGUUCCCACACGGCGUCCUCCAGCCCCUACCAAAGAGACCAGCACUCGAGAAGAGCAACGGAGCCAGCUCCCUGUUCAGUCCCAGUGUUUUGCACUACCAGCAGGCUCUGGCCAACGCACAGCUCCAGCAGCCCGCCUUCUUUCCCACAGGGUCAGUCUUGUGCAUGACUCCCGCUAGCGGUCUUGUCCAAAUGAUGUACAGUGCUUCGCCUGCUACUGUCUCUGCAGCAACAACUCCUGCCACAAGUGUCCCCUACGCAGCAACAGCACCAGCCAAUCAGAUCAUCCUGAAAUAGUCAAAGAGGCGGAGUUUCACCAAGCUGCACUAGAAAACCCAAAACAGCCCCUCUGUAAAUACUACCUAACCUCCGCUGUGGAGGUGCAGCAACCUGCAUGCUAAGAGUGUAACCCUUCAGAAUUUAACCGUAAGAACUGCAGUGCCGGUGUAACGCACACAAACACACACAAAAGUAACACACAUCAACUGUAUGUAUUGCUAGAUAAACAGCUAUUAACACGUAUGUACAGCAGGAACGGCGUAGAAGUCAUUUUAUCAUCUCUCUGGAGGGAUUUCCUUCCCCUCCUGAAGGUUUUUAAGUUUUUAACGGACCGAGUCGACCCGUUGCUAUUAAAGCCCCACAUCUGUCACUCAAAGUUGCAUCCAUUUUUGCAAUUCUUUUGCCGUAGUGCGUGCUGCAACCUUUAGUCGUUGCAACGGCGAAGAGAAAAGCCUCAACCAAACCCGCGAGGGGGCGUGCACGAGGGUCCGGAAGAGGUUGAAGUGCUAAUUCUAGACAAAAAAAAAGCAAAAAGAUGACUUGAACUUCACCUGGAGGGCUAUCCGUGACCGCCGGUCGUUCCUGUCCACCCCACCCCCACCCCCACCCCCUUCUUUAUCGCCGACGAUCCUGUUCCAUUUUAGAAAACUGUAGAAGUGCCUAAACAAGACGAUGAUCAUCACCGACAUCCGCAUGCGGGGUGGAGGCAGGAAAAAGGACCUUUUUGGGGAUCUCUCCACAUCCACAAGUGACUUUUACCAGGAGAGAGGAGAAACGACAAAUCAACAAUAGCUUUGUAGAAUGUGUGGUGACCUCCGUCGUUUCUAAACGUGGGUUUGCGUAGUUUACACGAGGAACGGGAGCGAGACAACUGUAUUGUAAACUGUGUAACGUAUGUAAAAGUGUCUCUUAUUUUGACAGUUUAUAUUCUAGAAAUGUAUUAUUUAAAGUUUGUGUCCCCCCUCCCCCUCCCUCCCCCACAUCUCCACCUUCAAGACGUCAUUUUUGUGUUUCAAAGACGCUCAAACGUUCAUUUUUCCGUGGAUUUUCCAGACUCUGAUGUGAUGUCACGGUGCUCGAUUAACAUUGACAAUCCACAGUCACGCGACGCAGAGCGGGAACUUUUUUUUGUUGCUGUUUUUUUGUUUUCUUUUCACCUGGAAUGUGUUUGGAAAACUCGUGGAAAAGAUGGUUCCCAUCUUUACGGUGUCAUUUACGUUACUUCUUCUUUUUAGUCAGAUUUUGGUAAAAAAAAAAAAGAAAAAAAAAAAAAAAGAAACUAUGACAUUGUAAGCUAUUCUAUUUUGAGAUGAAUGUAAUUUAUUGCGCUGCGUUCUGCACGGUGGCUCACAUUUGGGGCGACAACUGUCACGGCGUUGCGGCAUAAUAGAGUUAUAUAGAGUUGGUUGUGUUGUUGGAAAAAUAAGGAUUACAAAUUUUAUUGUAUAGAUUAACCAAAACAACAACAACAACAAAAAGGCAAAAAAAAAAUGUUUAAAAAUAAAUGAAUUAAUUUAAAAAAAAAAGAUGUACUUUUCACUCUAGUAAUGAUAGUAUUUCAUAACGAUCUAAGUCGUUGCCGUGGCAACCGAGCGUUGCAGUUACUAAAUUUGGUAUUUUUGUAAAUGACAUUGCUUUUUUUUUUGUUUUUUUUAUGUGUUAAAACACUGUACCCGAGUUAGAUGGAAGAUAACGAUUUUUUUUCUUCUUCUUCUUCUUCUUCUUCUUGACUGAGAUUCUGACCUGAUAUUUUCCUUAGCAAAUAACAGCCUCUAUAGCGCUGUGACUGUAACACUUUUAGAUUUAAAAAGUCAUCUACGUUACAUAGAUUACACAUGAAUAUAAAUCUCUAUAUGAAUAUAUGUAAGGACUAAAUAAUCUAUGUAUAAGUCGUUCUCCAAACGAAGGACCUUCACGUUCACGCUCUUAUUUUGAAAGGGUUUAGGGGUGUACUUCUUUUUUUUUUUAAAGGAGGUUUUCGUCCGUCUGUUCACCAAAAGCACCGGGAAUUCACCUUUUAAUGUGUUUUUGCAUGACAAAUUUUUUUCUGAAUGAAUAAUAAACACACUGAAUGUUUCUAGUGAUAAAAAAGAAAAGAUGUCUGUACAAAAAAGAAGAUUGCUCCGGUAGGAACAGAUCCUUCUGGAGAUGUUUUCCUUGCGGUUGGAGAAGAAACGUGAGCACUUUCUGAGCAUUUGGUCACCUAGGCAGACUCAGCUUAUCCAAAACACUUUGCCUUAUCUUGAGUCCAUCGUGCUUGAGGAUUUUCUGUUUUUUUUUGUUUCUUUUUAAAGAGCUCUGUAUGAAAUUAUUCACAACUUGAACGGCUACUCUCACCUCAAACCCCUUUCUGAGUUCCUACGGAAAACCUCUCUCUCUAAAAUCUUCUGUUUUUCAACGUGUGCGCCACAAGGCCAAAAGUGGGGGCUGCAACAGAGGAGAGCAGUCGCUGGUCUUUCACUUUGUCCCAUUGCCUUACCAUGGAAGCGAUGGAUGUCAAGUUCUCAGCUUCAGCCAGCAGAGGGCGCUCUAGGGGAUGCUGCAGGUUCUGAAGUGACGGCCUCUGUCAUCCUGGUUGCAGCUCAUCAACAGACAGAAAUUCAAGAGCACCCUCAUACGAUUGACAGUUUCAGUGUAAUCCUUUUCAAUGUAUUAUUAUUAUUAUGUUUUCAUAUAUUUUGUGUUAUGUUAUGUUUAUAUAGUCAAAUGUUUCUUUGGUUCCAGCAAGUUUGUGUAAAAUUUAUUGAAAGAAAGAAAUAAAGAAAUUCAAACUA